AACGAGAAAUUGGAGGCCCACACCGCGGAUUGCCAACGAAUGAAUGACUGUGCCAUCGUUCUGCCAAAUGAAGAGGACAAGUGGUUAAGUUUCACCAACUACAACAGGAAGGAGAGAAUACCGUUCGUCGUGUACGCCGAUCUGGAAUGUAUCCUGCAGAAGACGGAGGAGGACAACCCGAAGCUGUACCAUCGUCACCAGGUAUUCAGCAUCGGGUAUUACGUGCGAUGUAAUUAUGAUGCGUCAUUAUCCGGAUACCGAUCCUGUCGCGAUACCGACUGCAUAGCGUGGUUCGUCGAGCAAUUAAAAGAUUUAGCGCAUCGCGUGAAAGCAAUUUUGUCUAGAAAUGUCCCCAUGAAAAAUCUAACGCGAGACGAGUGUGAAAAGUAUAAUAGUGCAACGCAUUGCCAUAUCUGCGAGAAACCGUUCGCGUCAGACGACACGCGAGUAUGCGAUCAUUGUCAUCUCACCGGUCGGUACAGAGGUCCGGCACAUUCUAAUCGUAACUUAAAUUACAAAGAUUCCUAUACCAUUCCGAUAGUGUUUCAUAAUUUAUCCGGCUACGACUCACAUUUUAUCAUUAAAGAAAUAGCUACCGCGUUCGAGGGCGCUAUCGAUGUAUUACCGAUAAACAAAGAAAAAUAUAUUUCCUUUACAAAACAUGUUAAUGAGUCAGAUGACAAAAAAUGGCGUAACCACGUGCAAUUUCGGUUCAUCGAUUCAUAUAAAUUCCUGAGCAGUAGCCUGGAUAAGUUAUCGUCAUAUUUAAAUAAGGAUAAACUCAGAAUUGUACGAUCCGAAUUUGCGCACCUCUCUACCAACGACUUUGAUUUACUUACGCGAAAGGGUGUGUUCCCGUACGAGUACGUGGAUUGCACCGAAAAGUUGGAGGAUACUCGUCUACCACCGCGCGAAUCGUUUUAUAGUUCACUAACCGGUAAUACGGUAUCCGAGAGCGAACGCGCACGCUGUCAACGUGUGGCAACGGUUCACCAUUCGAACGCUCAGCGAGUACAGCGAUUUAUACUUAAAACCGGAUGUCUUGUUGUUGGCCGACGUAUUCGAGAAUUUUCGCGAUAGUUGCAUCAACAGUUACGGUCUUGAUCCUGCGUAUUAUUACACUUUGCCCGGUUUUACGUGGGACGCGAUGCUCAAACAUACGCGUAUAAAUUUUGUACUCCUUACCGAUAUUGAUAUGGUCAUGUUCGUAGAACGUGGUAUACGCGGCGGCCUGAGCCAAUGUUCACACAGGUACGCGCAAGCUAACAAUAAGUACAUGCAGUCGUACGACCCAUCGAAACCUUCAUCUUAUUUAAUGUACUUUGAUGUUAUAAGGCACAAAUUGGUUUAUAAUCGUUGUUCUUUAUUAUGAAGAAUACAGUGUCGAGGAUUGGAGUCAGAACGGUCACUCGCUUUAUUAUCACUUUCCGGGCUUCUCGUUACGGUUGCUCUUCGCCGAUGUUACCAAAUUACUAAACGUCGAAUGUCUGUAUGUCUCCGCAAGCAAGCGAAUUUAUACUUUCCUCUGUGGCCUUGUUAGAUGUCAACAGAAGACGGCAAACAGGUGAUCGAUAGACACAAACGUGAUAAAUAGAAUUUCAAAUUCGAGCAACGCAACGUCGAAUGCCUACAGUU